UCUAAUUGCUCGAUUACGUAUUAGUUAGUUAUCUCAAUUGAAAUCCCUUAUAACACACUCCUUUCGCGACUCAGACUACCUGCAACGCGACGACGCAGCGAGAAGCGCUCACACUUACUCAGGGCAAAAUUUCAAUAGAUAUGACUGUUGUGUAAAUUAACUUGAGACAGUUUAGAGGUGUUCGGUGGGAUGGGACCUCACGCUUUGAGAACUACUUUUUAGCGGUCCAUGAGCUUCCUGGCUCGUUUGGACCAAUCUACGAGCAUGAACUUGUAACACCAAUCGAUCAAUCAUUGGCGGGGACGCCCAUUAAACUCAUUUAACUCAUUUUCCUCUAUAUGAUAUCCUCAUUUUCAUUCCUUUGCAAAAGCUAGCUGCAGCACAUACUAAGCGCCGCAGCGCACAGUUUUUCCAUGGUGACCAUUCGCGAAGCCCUUCUAUCGGUCGUGGGAGAGAAUGCCACCUCCAUCCAGCCAAUUGUGGAGGCUCUCUCCGGGCUAGGCUUCAACGAGCAUGAAGAGGCAGGCACAGCCUUCAGUCUGCUAGAAGCGGACCAAGCGGCAGGCCUCAAUGUUCGGCAACUUUUAGCGCUAAAGUUUGCCAUUCAAGCUGUGGCCGCUGGCCUGGCGAAGGAGAGGGGUUGGGGCCUCCAUGCGUUCAUCAUAGGCCUGGAAGAUCUGGACGACGAGGAGAAGAAGCUUUGCUACGAUGCGCUGGACAAGGAAGGAUUUGGGGCUCCAAAGAAGCGCCGAGCUUUCUUCGCUCUCGACGACGCCGAGCUGCGGGACGUAGGCAUCAGUCCAGCUGCAGUGCGCAAGGUUCUGCGACUGGCGAUGGGCCGCGCGGAGUCUGCGGUUGCCGGGUCGCUGACGGCUGCUGCUGGUGAGCAUCUUUCCACGAGGCUGUUGGGUGGGGAUUGGCAUGCGGUUGGUUGAGACCCGGCAGCAGAAUGGGGCGCAGCGCGUGCCGGCAGUUGGGGACUAGCUGUGGCUGCACCCAGGGCCGCUGCUACAGGAUGCGCCCGGCGCAUGGCCGCCACCAGAGGCUGCGCCCAGGGCAGGACUGCAAAAGGCUGAAGUCUUAACUGCCCUGAUUGGCACCACCAAUCGGGCACUGGGGGCCUUACAGGGGGACACACGAGGUGGCACUAUGCGUGCACUGGCGACCCCACCGGGCAAAGCUCUUCGCUCAGGCCCGGCCGAGGCGGGACAGUGACAGAGCACUGUGAACGGUUCAGAAAGCACCACCAUAUGAUGAAACGACCUGCACGCUGUACGCCAUGCGUCGGGUGUUGCCAGCUUCAGGUUGCUGGUAUCAUGCGCACUGUGCAGUUUUGGGUGUGAGACUGGUGGCUUGGUCAGGGAUUUGCUCACAGGGGUGUUGGCUUGUAGGGUGGAAGAACAGCAGAGGGACCAUUCCGCGCAAGGGGCAUGCUGUUUGGGCUGCAGUUUUGCCAACUCUUGUGCGGUCCUCCGAGCUGUGGAUGUGGACAUGGCUGCUAGAAGGGCCCUUGGCGGCCGGGUGUCAUGCAUAGGCCGAGUACCACCAGCGUUACAAUAGCUAAGCGCGUGUACGCCGGUGUGAUGGGUGGUGUUGAUAAACACCGGCUUUUGAGGGAGGAGUCGCCUAGGCGUUCUUGGCUAGGAACUUCUGGACUUGGGCCCGCCCCUUGCAGGUUUUGCACUCGCCACAGCAGCAGGUGAUUUUGGCCCGCCCUCAAAUGGCCCGCCCUCGCCCACACAAAGGACCGCAUAGUAACGGGGUUGUGCUCGCCGUUCCUGUCGGCGCGGGCCUGCCAGGCGAGCGUGGGAAGGAACUUCGUCACAACCUCGGCGUCCAGGGCCACCAGCUGCUCGUCAUUAGGGAUCAGCAUCAUGGUAUGGUGUCUAGAGUAGUGUCUUUGAUUGCGGAGGGAUUCCCACCCUCAAAUUUCCGCCAGAACACUCCGAAGCGUCCGAACGCAGCCCGCACCAUCCAAGACAAUGCCGAGACGCACCUGCGCACACGUGCCCGGGCACCCCCGACCUUCCCAAGCGCCACCCGAGCUGCUCCCACCUCCCCCCCCUGAAUUGCUCCGGGGGCAUGCGUCAGCAUCCCAUCAUGUUUCGGCAAACAUCUGAUCCCCUGGCCGCUUGUGCCUUCUUGUUGCCUCACCCCGCACUGCAGUUGCAC